CUUACGUUCUUAUGGUAUCAACAUUGAAUGAAAUUCAAGAAUAUUUUUAGUUUAUAAAUUGUGAUAUAAAAUCCCUUUUACAAAUCACGAAAAAAAACAGUUUUUUGUUUUGUUAACUCUUAAAUGGUAACAGUUAGCAAUGGCUUCAUCUAAUACUUUACAGAAAGCUAUUGAUCUUGUAACAAAAGCAACAGAGGAGGAUAAAAAUAAAAAUUAUGAGGAAGCAUUACGUCUUUAUGAACACGGGGUAGAAUACUUUUUACAUGCAGUGAAAUAUGAAGCACAAGGGGAAAGGGCAAAGGAAAGCAUUAGAGCAAAAUGCCUCCAAUAUCUAGACAGGGCAGAAAAGUUAAAAGAAUACCUUAAGAAAGAUCAAAAGAAAAAGCCCAUAAAGGAUGGAGAAUCCAAUUCAAAAAGUGAAGACAAAAAGAGUGACAGCGAUACUGAUUCUGAUGACCAAUCAAAGAAGAAAUUAGCAGGGCAGCUCGAGGGAGCAAUUGUACUUGAGAAGCCACAUGUCAAGUGGAGUGAUGUUGCUGGAUUAGAGGGUGCAAAAGAAGCAUUAAAGGAAGCUGUUAUUUUACCCAUAAAAUUUCCUCAUUUAUUCACAGGCAAACGAAUACCAUGGAAAGGAAUUCUUCUCUUUGGACCACCUGGUACAGGUAAAUCUUACUUGGCAAAAGCUGUUGCCACAGAAGCCAACAAUUCAACUUUCUUCUCUGUUUCAUCAUCUAAUCUUGUUUCAAAAUGGUUAGGUGAAUCUGAGAAGCUAGUCAAAACCUUAUUUACACUUGCACGAGAACAUAAGCCAAGUAUUAUCUUCAUUGAUGAAAUUGAUUCACUGUGCUCAUCGCGAUCAGACAAUGAAUCAGAGUCAGCUCGCAGAAUUAAAACUGAGUUUCUUGUACAAAUGCAGGGUGUAGGCAAUGAUAUGGAUGGAAUUCUUGUCCUCGGAGCAACAAACAUACCAUGGGUUCUUGAUGCAGCUAUUAGGAGGCGAUUUGAAAAACGUAUUUACAUUGCCCUUCCAGAAGAGCAUGCACGGUUGGAUAUGUUUAAAUUGCAUUUGGGUAAUACUUACCAUCAGUUAACAGAGCAAGAUCUGAAAGAUUUAGCUGCAAAAACCGAUGGAUACUCUGGGGCUGAUAUAAGUAUUGUUGUCCGUGAUGCUUUGAUGCAGCCAGUUCGUAAAGUACAGUCAGCCACACACUUUAAGAAAAUGAGAGGACGCUGCCCCACCAAUCCAGACAUUAUGGUGGACGAUUUAUUGACUCCUUGCUCUCCUGGGGAUCCAGGGGCAGUUGAAAUGACUUGGAUGGAGGUUCCAGGUGACAAACUUGGUGAACCAGCUGUGACUAUGUCUGAUAUGCUGCGAUCUUUAGCCACUUCAAAACCAACAGUUAAUGAUGAUGAUAUGACAAAACUAAAGAAAUUUAUGGAAGAUUUUGGGCAGGAAGGAUAAAUUGAGGGUAUUAUUUUUGAACACAUUUUUCUUAUAAUUUAUCAAAAUUAAUUCACUUACAUAUAUGAUUGUACCCACUGCAUGGACUUUAAAACACAGUUACUGUGUGUUGCACAUUAAACAAUUCUUGUGAAACUAUACGACAUAAAAAAAUUAUAAGAGUAUUUGCAUAUGGGUUUUGGUUUUCUUAUAUGUAUAUGAUGUCACAGGUACCAAAAAAAUAUUUUAAAAAUUGCUUCUCCUAUGAAAGGAUAUGAAAUCUUUUAAUUUCAUUUCUAAAUUACUGUGAUGUCUUCUCCCUCACUUUUUAAAAUAUAAGUUUUGGUAUCAGUUGUAGAGGAUACACCAUUUUGCCUUUAUUAUUAACAUGAUUUCGAUAUUUAAUGUUAUAUAUAUGGUAUCUCAAUAAUAAAUAAAUUAGUUAAAUAAUGAAUUAUAGUCUUGAGGAGGUAUUCAAAAUUUUGCUUGUGAAUAACAUGCGAGUACCUGUCAAGAGUUAUUUUUUGUAUAAAAUAAUGCAUAAUACGAAAUCAUAGUUAUAUUCAUGUUGUCUUAUUAUUUAUAUAGUAUAAUGUAAUACUAAUGUGAAAUAAAACAUUUAGGAACCUGACAUUAUCUAGAGUGAAGAGAUGACAGGGUUUCAAUAGAAUUUAAUGUUUGCUUAUUAACUUACUUAAGCACGCAAAAUGUAAUAGUAAUAGUAACUCAAUACUGUCCUGAAAAUUCUUAUGUUUCUUUAGAUUUAUUUUUGAUACCUAUGUUAAUAUACUGUAUCUAGAUGUAGAUCGCGGCAUAUUCUGAAAUGUCAUUCUUUAGAUUUUAGACUAAUCGACUGACUACUCAAAACCCAGUCUAAACAGCUGUGUUUAAUUAUGUGUAUAGUAUAUUUUAUGUGUAAAUAUAAUUUAUGUAAUUAUUACCAUUUUAUAUUAACACUACUGUUGAACAUUUAGCAAAAGGUAAAAUCAUGUUAUAUGUGGUCAAUAGACAAGAAAAUAAUAAGCACACAUAACUAACUUAACUUGUUUUCUCGUUGUCCUAUCUUUAGAUGAAUGAUUUUCAUUUUAGUAUAUAAUUAUGUAUUCUGUCGUAUUAUUAAUAAACUUUAUAGUUUUUGAUUUCGCGAUGAACAAUGUAGGUAUAUAAAACAGUUCAUGUCAAUCUGGAGUCUGUAGCUAGCUAGAAAAUAUUUAAAAUAGGUGCACAAAAUAUGCAGUCUAUAUUAAUGUCGAUUCACUUGGUCAAUACUUUAUUCCUAGUAUUUACUCUAUUACUAUCCAUAGAAGUUAGACCAAGUUUUGUAAUAUGGCGGGAAAUGACUAAGUUAGGUCCUUUUAUGACGUGGUCUUACAUUAUGAGAAUUUACCAAAACUAGCGGCACGAUACAACGAUGAUUUCUAGAAUUACAUUUCAGAAUCUGUCCAUAUAAUUUAGUUGUUAUUAUUAUAAAGUGAUAAUAUUGUGUUACGUUAUUUUAUCGGAAGGAGUUCAAGACGUAUAAAAAUGUGAAGGUAGGUUUGUCUAUAUUAAAUUCCAUUAUUGGAAGUCAUAUUCUGAUUGUAUAUAAUAGUAUUCUUGAACUCGUCAAAAUAUUACAAAUUAUUUUUAAUACUUUAAUUUGUUAUUGUACAUUUAGGUUAUAAGUACUGUAUUUUCAUUAAAAUAUUUUUUCAGUAAUAGGUUUAGUUGAUUUAUGUCCCACAAUAAUGGUUAAAUGUAUU